CUGCAUUGUCAUUUCUUUGCAUGAUCAGAAUCAGAAGCUCAUCAGGCUCUGAAACUUAAAAAAAAAAAACAUUUUCAUCUCCGAGAAGAAGCUGAACAGAAACAGUGAAAUGGGGAUGGUGCAAUUGUUUUCGGUGUUGUGUUGGUGGUUUGCUUUAAGGGUGGCAGUAGCAAAUGGCCUCAGCAGCCAUGAAGGAGGAGAAGUAACAUAUGAUGGAAGAUCUUUAAUCAUAAAUGGCCGACGUCAAAUUCUUUUCUCAGGCUCUAUUCACUAUCCUCGCAGUACUCCUCAGAUGUGGCCAUCUUUGAUAGCUAAAGCCAAAGGAGGAGGACUAGACGUUAUACAAACCUAUGUAUUUUGGAACCUCCAUGAACCCCAACAAGGCCAGUAUGAAUUCAGUGGAAGACGGGAUAUUGUAAGUUUCAUUAAAGAAAUCCAAUCCCAAGGCCUAUAUGCUUGCUUAAGAAUUGGUCCCUUCAUCGAGGGUGAAUGGACUUACGGGGGACUGCCAUUUUGGCUGCAUGAUGUUCCAGGCAUUGUCUUCAGAUCAGACAAUGAGCCAUUCAAGAAUCACAUGCAAAGAUUUGUAACAAAGAUAGUAAGCUUGAUGAAAUCCGAGAAUCUGUUUGCUUCACAAGGCGGGCCAAUUAUAUUAUCACAGAUUGAGAAUGAAUAUGGCAUAGUAGAACCAGCUUACCAUGAGAAAGGACCACGGUAUGUUCGUUGGGCUGCAAAAAUGGCGGUAGGCCUUCAAACCGGUGCACCUUGGGUGAUGUGCAAGCAAGAUGAUGCUCCUGAUCCUGUGAUCAACACAUGUAAUGGAAUGAGAUGUGGAGAAACAUGGAAAGGACCCAAUUCACCAAAUAAACCAGCAAUUUGGACAGAGAACUGGACAAGUUUCUUUCAAGUAUAUGGCACAGAGCCAUACCUGAGAUCAGCAAAAGAUAUUGCAUUUCAUGUUGCACUCUUCAUCGCCAAAAAUGGAAGCUAUGUGAACUAUUACAUGUAUCACGGGGGAACCAAUUUUGGAAGAACAGCAUCUUCAUUUAUGCUGACAAGUUACUAUGAUCAAGCUCCUCUUGAUGAGUAUGGAUUGAUCAGGGAACCAAAAUGGGGUCACCUCAAGGAAUUACAUGCUGCAAUAAAGCUAUGCUCCAAGCCAUUACUUACUGGAGAGUAUACAAGUUUUCCUUUGGGUCGACUGCAACAAGCCUACGUCUUCAAAGGAAAUUCAGGGAAAUGCGCUGCGUUUCUAGUAAAUAAUGAUGACAGAAAAAAUAGCAUGGUUGUUUUUCAGAAUUCCUCUUAUGAACUGCCUUCAAAAUCAAUAAGCAUCCUACCAGAUUGCAUAAAUGCAGCCUUCAAUACAGCUAAGGUAAGGCUCAAAUCUCCAUUGCUCAGAUUCUGGCAUUUCAAAAUCAACACUAACAGAUACAACUCAUAUCAACAGGUGAGCACACAAUCCAAUACAAGAUCAAUGACACUCAGACAGAAGUUAGAUUCAAUGGAAUCAUGGAAAGAGUUCAGAGAAGCUAUCCCCAACUUCGACAAUACUUCGUUACGAGCAAAAACAUUGUUAGAACACAUGAACACAACAAAGGAUACAACUGAUUAUCUUUGGUACACUUUCAGGUUUCAGCAUAAUUCAUCUGAUGCUCAAUCUAUAUUAAAUGUGCAAUCCAAUGGCCAUGUUUUGCAUGCAUUCGUAAAUGGAGAAUUCACUGGAUCUGCACAUGGAAGUCGUGACAAUCCAGGUUUCAUCCUGGAGCAUACUAUUAAUUUGAAUUAUGAAAUGAAUGAUAUUGCCUUAUUGAGUGCAACAGUCGGAUUGCCGGUAUUUUUUCUAUCAAUUCUCUUCUUUUCUCUUCUCCAAAGAUUUUGUUGUAUUAAGAGGCUAACAACUUUACCCAAGAAUCAUCAAAGUGGUUUAAAAUGUUAUCUAAAGGAUUCAGGAGCAUACCUUGAGCGUAGGGUGGCCGGAUUGCGAAGUGUGAGAGUUCAGGACAAAUAUUUCACCAACUACAACUGGGGAUAUCAGGUUGGGCUAAUAGGAGAGAAGCUACAAAUUUAUAGAAAACAUGGAUCAAGAAAUGUUCAAUGGAGAAGGUUCAGAAACUCUACUCGUCAUCAACUCACAUGGUAUAAGACUGUAUUUGACACACCACCAGGCAACGAUCCUGUUGCAUUGAAUCUUAAUUCUAUGGGAAAGGGCGAAGCUUGGGUUAAUGGCAUAAGCAUAGGUAGAUAUUGGGUCUCACUCAAAACCCCUAAAGGGAAUCCUUCACAGGCAUGGUACCAUGUACCCAGAUCUUUUCUUGAACGCACCAAAAACCAACUUGUUCUGCUAGAGGAAGAAACCGGUAAUCCUCUUGCAAUUACUAUAGACACUGUUGCAAUCACAAAAGUGUAUGGGCAAGCGAACAACUCACAGCUGCCCCUGGUGAGUUCCUGGGUAAGACAAAACCAGAGAGAAGACACUAAUAUAAAGAAGCAGCAAAGGCCUGAAGCUCAGCUUAGUUGUCCUCAGGGAAGGAACAUUUUGCCAGCUCAAAACUUACCUAAUACAUGAACAGUUUCUACUCAUACAUGUCCCAUGCCUGCAGAACUCAAGAAUAUAUAUAUCAUGCAUAUAUACUGAAGUUAAUGGUAAAAGUAGUACAUAAUAUGUUUUAUUUUUCUAAUUUCAUCAUGAUUUUUUUAAAAUAAAAACUAUGUCUAGCUUGUCUGGGGAAGCGAAGAUGUUCUGUUCCCUAUUCAAAUCAAUAUAUUGGUGGAGACCCAUGUCCAGGCAUCCCCCAAGCUCUCGUGAUUGAUGCACAAUGUGCUUAAAUAAUGAGUUCUACACCAAUAAUAUGCAGGAUGA